GGCUAGAUGGCAUAGUUGCAACCCACGGCUUCGGUAGGAGGAUGAAUGAUUGGGCGAAGGCCCAAGAUUCAGACUCAUUUAUAGAGUUGGUAGAGGAGCGGUGGCACAACCCUCAGCAGGCACAGCAAGCCACUUAUGUGUUGGCACGACUUGACAGGAAGAAGUACAAGACUGCCCGUGAACUUACCAACGCCGUAAAGAAACUCAUCGUGGUCCCGAGUGUGCGCUAUGAUCCCCACGUCCGGCUGACCAUGUAUCUGAGAUGUCUUCCUACAAACAUCAAGAACAUGUUAGUCAACGAGACUAGCAUCGAAGUACAUGAUCUCGCUUCCUUUAGCAAGAAGGCCGUAGACUUAGAGGCAAAGCUAGGGGGUGCACAACAAGUUGUUGUAGACAGGAGAAAGAAGAAGGUCCUACAAGAUUGGAAAAAGAAGGGUAGUCAACUGAUAAUGAUUGAUUCUGAUGGGAAUCAAGGGGAGAUCGAUGGCAUUUCUGAUCUUGUGGAGGACACGGAGUUAGGCGGCGAGGAGAGUGUAGAGGGAGGAAACCUCACCGCAACAACCAAACUUAAGGCAGAUGGCCAACGUAAGGGUGGUCAGCAAAAGAGUCAGGGCAAGGCUCAAGUUUCGCCCAAUGCACCAGCAUGGGUGAGAGCUGAUCUUGAACAAGACGUGUGGAGAGAUCGUUACACGCGAGGAGUGGAGGAUGUUCCCUCACCACUUCAGGGGUUGGCUGAGGCUAUUGACUCACUUGUCAUCCCGCAGACAUGUCUAGACCAAAUGAUUCUUUGUUCGUUAGAUGUGUUUGAAGCAUUGGAGGACCCAGAGGAGUGGUCAGGAAGAGACCCUCGCGAGUUCUGGGUGACGAUGUCUAAAGGUCCUAGAGAGGAGAACUUCGCGGUGGAAGUCAUUGUAGGUGGCCGAAUGUGUGGCGCCUUUGUAGACAAUGGCUCCACAUGGAACUUCAUAAGUCGUGACAACACUUGGAUUAGUACUGCAGGGAACAUCCAAUUCCUGUUACCUCCUGUCUGUUCUUUGAUUGUCAUUGUUGUUUGUUUAUUUGUCUGUAUUGUGGGAAACAAUAUGGCAAAAUCAAGGAAGGCUGAGGGAGUUGAGAGUUCUGGGGAGACACCCCAGGUAAAGCUUGAGAUGAUAGUGCAACCUGUAACACCUGUACCGCCUGACCCUUUAGAGGCUGAACUGCGGGCCCAAGAGGAGAAACUCCGCUUGCAGACCCAGGCAGUUGAGAACCUAAAGGCAGAGCUCAAGAGGAAGGAAGAGUAUGCCCAGAAGGAGGCCAGAAGAAAAGUGUUGAUUGGAGAUAUGCAGAGGAUUAUGAGCCUYGGUACAACCAGUCAGGCAAGUAAGGACAUGGCAGAAUUCAUCCUUCUGCAGGAUGAGAUUCACCGGUCCUACUUUACUAACUGGGAUGACCGAAUCUCAGGUCUGGAGACCAGCCAUUCAGCUUUGUCAAAGAAGCUGGAUGACAUCUCUCCUCAACUGAACAACAUUGCCAAACAGCUGCAGAUUACCCCUGUUCAGACUGUUCCCCUCUCUUCUGGCCCUUCUGCAGCACCUGUCCCAAAACCCCCACACUCCAGACCUUCAUCCCCACCUCUCACACCCAAGUCACCAGCACCCUCCCAGUCCUCAGCCCCAUUUGAGCCGCAGCGGCCCAAGCUGACCCCUCCACCAAUGUUCUCAGGAGAAGAUCCUAAGGUGGAUGUGGCAGAUUGGGUGACUGCGCAGCGAACCUACCUGAGUGGGUUCACAUGCGACGAGGAUGUGAAGGUGUCAGCCAUCCUGGCCCGGCUGGAGAGGACUGCACUACAAUGGUGCACCUCCACCUCCAGCAAGCAGGGGAUGGAGAUGGCUGAUUGGGCGCAGAGGCUGGGGGUGGCUGGAUUUCUGCAGGCCCUGCAGGACUGGUUUGCAGACAAGGAGCAGGCAAGAAAGGCUGCAGAUAAAAUGAUGCGCCUGGGCCAGAAAAAGUUUGAUGGCUCCUUGUCCAAACUGUAUUCCACCUUUGAGAGUCUGACAUCAACUCCAGGGUUGGAGAUAAGUGAGCAGGAUCUGCUCAUUCAUUUCCUGAGGGCAGUGCCUGAGCAAUUCCAGCUUGCUCUCUUCUCUCAGGGCCACAAGAACUGGAGGUCCUUUGGCAGAGCAGGCCUGGACUUGGAAUCCAAACUCCAUGAGAAGAAGAAGCACAAGUCUGAACUCAUACUCCUUCGACCCUACAUCCUGGGAGCCAAGAUCAAAGGGGUCUUGGACUGUGGGGCUACUCGCAACUUCAUCUCCCCCAAGGCAGUCAGCAAACUGCACUUGGAUCAGAGGUUGGUGAAGUUGCGACAACCGUUGGAGGUCCGCAUUGGGGACUCUUCCACAGUCAGGAUUACCACUGUUGUCAAGGGCCUACCUGUGUCCUUUGACAAGCAGGGGGAAGUCAGGCAUCGCCUGAACUUCUAUGUGUUCCCUAACGUUCCCUUUGACCUUGUCUUCUCGAUGCAGUGGCUUGGUGCCACCAAUCCUAGGAUUGACUGGCGGAUUCCUAGGGUUGAGCUGCCUGACCGGCAUGGGGUCUAUCGCCCUUGUAUGCUCGCUGACGAGUACCAUCUGGUCAGCAGCUGUUAUUGCAUGAGUGCUCGCAAGUUUUUGCGAUUCUCACGCCAGACUGAUCACGCUCGUCUGUUUGUGGCUUAUGUCAAACAGACUGACGUGGAGACUGCUCCCUGUCCCUUUCAAAUUCAGCAGGUGGUAGACCGCUUCUCAGAUCUUAUGGAGGAGCCUACUGGACUUUUCCAUAGGCAAACCAAACAUAAGAUUGAGAUCCUGCUUGGCUCGGUCCCGCCCAAGGGCCGGGUCUACAGGAUGUCUCCAGCUGAACUUGAAGAGCUCAGGAAACAUUUAGAGACCCUGACCAGAAAGGGCUGGAUCAGGCCCAACACAUCUGAGUUUGGAGCACCAGUCCUCUUUGUUCCAAAGGGGAAUGGUGAGUUCAGGAUGUGCGUGGACUACCGUGGUCUCAACAAAAUCACGAGGAAGUCUACAGAGCCCCUUCCUCGCAUUGAUGACCUGUUGGAUAUGGUGCAGGGCUGUACUAUUUUCAGCAAGAUCGAUCUCAAAUCUGGCUACCACCAGAUUGAGAUGGUUGAAGGCGAUGUCCACAAGACAGCCUUCAAAACCAGGAAGUUCAUCAAGAACUUCUCAGCGAUUGCAGCUCCCCUGACUGAUCUUACAAAGAAAGACACUUCCUUUCUUUGGACGUCAGAAUGUCAGGAGGCCUUUACACGUCUCAAGGAGGCCCUGAUUCGUGCCCCUGUCCUGAAGCUACCUGACCCUACUUUGCCUUUUGUACUGACUACUGAUGCUAGCCAGUAUGGUGUAGGGGCGGUACUUCAGCAGGAUGAUGGGAAUGGUCUGCAGCCCAUUGAGUAUAUGAGUAAGAAGAUCAAGACCAAGAAGCUGCAGGACUCUACCUAUGAGAAGGAGCUCUAUGCUCUUGUGUCACCGCUUAAGCAUUGGAAGCACUUUCUCCUAGGCAGGCACUUCAAGAUCUUUUCAGAUCACUCCACCUUGCAGUGGAUGAAGUCCCAGGGAGAGUUGAAUGACAAGCUUGCUCGCUAUAUCCAGUUCAUUGACAUGUUUGACUUUGAACUGAGACACAAGAAGGGUUGCUACAAUAGAGUCGCAGAUGCCCUUUCUCGUAGGCCUGACGCUCUCUUUCUGAUCUCCUUUACUCACUCGUUUGGAGAGAGAACACGUCAGACCAUUGCCCAGUUGCUGCCCCAGGAUGAGAUCUUUGGGCCUAUUGUGAGGAAUCUCUAGGACGAUCCUGCCUCUGAACCAGGAUAUUCUCUGGUCUCAGUCCUGCUGUACACGUGCAGCAGAGGCGAGGAGCGCCUGUGCAUUCCCCAUGAC